UGUCACGGCGCGUCCCUCCUGUCCUUCCUUCCCCAGCACCAUUAUCAUGGCAGUGCCCCUGGUGCAGAGGGUGGGCCUGGCUUGUUUGGGUGAUUACCUACUGGGGUUGGUGCCACCACCCCUUGGCCGCUGCCCCAGGCGCUCUGGGACCUGUAUAAAAGAGCUGAGGGCUCCACAGCCUCCAUCCAGCUUUCUCCGCUCGACUCUCCUCAUCUCCUGGCUCUCCUUCCUGAAGGCCAAGAUGUCCUGCUCCAGCCUGUGUGCUCCCUGUGGGGUGUGCAGCCCUACCCCCCUGGCCGACACCUGCAACCAUCCCUGCGUGCAGCAGUGCCCUGACUCCACGGUGGUGAUCCAGCCCCCGGCCACGGUGGUCACCUUCCCCGGGCCCAUCCUCAGCAACUUCCCCCAGUCCAGCGUGGUGGGCUCCUCAGGAGCCCCUGUGAUGGGAGGCUUUGGAGGCCGUGGGGGCUCUGGGGGCCGUGGGGGCUACGGAGGCUUUGGAGGCUCUGGCAGCUAUGGAGGCUAUGGAGGCUAUGGCAGCUGUGGAGGCUAUGGAGGCUACGGAGCCUAUGGCUGCUAUGGAAGCUAUGGGAGCGGCUGUGGGAUCUGCUAAGCCCCAGAUGUCCUUGGACUUCCCUGCUGCAUCUGCCCUGGGCCUGCUCACGCAGCCUCUUUUGCCUUCUACCAGCAGAUGCAAAGCUCUCAGCCCCUCUCUAGGCUGCUGCCAAGCUGCUGCUUGACCUUUCUGGUCCUCCUUAUUGGCUCAGAGCAACCUUGCGGAGCCCCAGCCGGAGGCUUCAGGCUUUGCAGCUCUG